AUGUCACCUCUGACGACAUCAUUCCUUCUUUUACUAUCCCAUCUGGCAAUCACCCCUCUACAGAUCUCGGCCGAUUCGCUUCAAUCGAUAACAUCAAGUUACGGUCUGACUGAAUCCUUCAAUUUCACUUUCCCCGACGAGACGCUGAACAGUGCAGAUGCGAAUGAUUGGAUAGAUGACAAGUGGAGUCUGUACUAUAGGAAAGGUGUGGAUUGGGGUAAUUCCGACAUAGUAUUCUCACCUGAUCCAUCAACAUCAACCUCGACACUCGUCCGCCGCCAAGAAUCCUCCACAUCAUCAUCCACAAAAACCAAAACCAAAACAUCCUCAGCUUCGACUUCAUCGUCUACAUCCAUCACAACUACCUCCGUCUCAUCACCUGCCUCAACAGCUUUGAAUGGCGAACCACCUGUCAUUCGAAUAGAAUACCCACAGGGAUCGUACAGUAAGAGAACGGGUGGAACUCAAUUUUACGCCAAUCCAUUGACUUCGAGUAACGCGAAAGUUGCUGCUGGAUCGGGUAACUCGACAACGACGGGCCAGUAUGAGAGGAUGUUGUUGAGCUAUGAUGUUUGGUUUCCUGUUGGAUAUGCCUGGAACCAAGGUGGUAAAUUACCUGGACUCAGAGGUGGACCCGAUCCAAAAGGAUGUUCGGGGGGAAACGAGACCGACGGUACGACCUGUUUCAGUACCAGGUUGAUGUGGAGAUCAGGUGGAGCAGCGGAGGUCUACGCGUACAUCCCUACUUCUCAGAAGAACUUCUGUUCCCAAUCCCAAGUCACCUGUAAUUCAGAUUACGGAACUUCGCUAGCUAGAGGAUCAUUCUCAUUCGUCACUGGACAAUGGCAGACUGUGCAGUUGUUGGUGGUACUGAACGAAGUUGGAACUGCUAAUGGUAUUGUGGAACUAUGGUACAACGGUGUCCAGGCAUUGAAAUUCACCAACCUCGUCCUUCGUACAUCUACCGACCUAAAUUCCGUUGGAGGAAUGUUCUUCUCGACAUUCUUCGGAGGUGACGAUUCCACCUGGGCUACCCCGACAGACCAAUUCUCAUACUUUAGGAAUAUCCAACUAUACGCUGGGGCAGGUGCGAGUAAUCUUACCGGUGAUAAGGCUACGGUAAAAUCUUUCGCAACCCUUAAUGCGGGUGUUUGUGGAUGGGGCAUGUUGGGUGGAAUCGUAUUGGGAUUAAUGGGAUUAUGGGUUUUGUAA